UCUUGACAAAUGUCAAUGUCAUUCCAAAUCCAUUGGAAAUAUUGUUAUCAAUCAAUGUGGUGAUUUUAAUCUGAAGAAUCGAGUAAACAGUAUGUUUGGUGAUUACUGAUAAAGCUUAUUGGUUUGGUUUGGGAGUAUAGAUUAUAACUUUAAAUUGGAGCCUUACUACACCGACUCUUUGUAUAAUAUUGAAGAUUUUCUGCGCAGUGUUUAUAUCCAACAAUUGUUGAGCAAUGCCUCUUCCACCGGCCUUAGCUGCGCGACUGGCUAAGCGAGGGAUAUUGAAAGCAACCCCUGAACCAGUACAGAACGCUGAAGUUCCACAGGCGCAAACCAAUGAAGAGAUUAUAGCAGAAGAUUAUGACAGUAAACUUGAUGAUCGCGCUAAGGAACAUUUCUGGGAAGGAAUUGAAGGUGUCAAUGUUGAUCCUAUAAAAGGCCAUAAAGGGUGUCCAAAUAAAAGUAAUAUAUACCACGAGUGUUCCAAGUACUGCGUAAAAAGAUGGAAAGCUGGAAAAACAGUACCUCGUGAAAAUUACUUGGAGUACAAGAAAAAGGCAUUAGAAUUGUGGCCUUUGCCUCCUGGUUGGGAAGAAGUCUACGACGAAGGAUGUGGACAGCACUAUUUUUGGAAUGUACACAAUAAUUUGGUUUGCUGGUUGCCCCCUGCUCAUCCACGAGCCGUCCCUACAGAGAGUGCUGCUCAUUUAAGAGAAGAGCGAUUGUUGAAGGAAGGUGAUGAAAGUGAUGAUAGCAGUGAAGCUUCUGAUCAGGAAGUACCACAACAGGUGCACAAAGAGAAGAAACAUGAACGGAGGGAGAAGGACAAAGAUGUAGUGCACCACAGAAAUAAAAGGCAAAGGGUUAAGGAUAAUGACUUAGAUCCAAUGGACCCCGCUGCUUAUUCUGAUAUAGCUAGAGGCAGCUGGACUUCUGGACUUGAUACCCAUGCCAAGACUGGAGUGGAUUCCACUGCUACUGGCUCUUUGUACCAAAUGAGACCUUACCCUGCACCUGGAGCUAUUCUUGCAGCCAAUGCUAAGCAGUCAUCUCCAUCCCCAUAAAGAGUAUUAAUAAAAGAAUAAAACUUA